AGAUGCGCCUACGGCAAAGAAAUAUUGUUAUAUUCGGUGAAACCGGCUCAGGGAAAAGUUCUAUUGUCAACACAAUCGCACAAUCGCAGCUCGCAAAGACAUCCAACGAUGCACAUGGAUGCACUUCUACCGCUCAACGCUACCCAGUAGAAAUUUCAGGCCAGCGAUUCGUCCUAAUUGACACCGCAGGUCUCAACUUAGGGACUGCGGACACAGUGCCGGCGACUAAAGCAGAAAAACAGUUGAAGAAUUUGUUGCGUGAGCGCAUGAGCUCUAGGUUGGAUGGAAUCAGCCUUCUGGUAUACUGUAUGUGCAGCACAAUUGCCCCCCACGUCCUUGUUAAGGCCUACAACAAAUUCUACUCUGAAAUCUGCCAGAAGAAGGUUCCGAUUGUUGUCGUCAUCACAGGAUUGGAGAAAGAGACUCGCAUGGAGAGUUGGUGGGAUACCAACAGGGAAAAAUUCGAGGGCAUGGAUUUCGCAGACCAUGCUUGCGUCACAGCGCUUUGGGAACACCCAAGCUUCCCGGACAACAUCACUCAUCGUAUUGGAGAGUCGGGCAACAUUCUGCGCAACCUUAUUUUGAACAAAUGCUUGGAUUUGGCGGUUGACGACGGCUCGGAUUUGGCGGUCGACAAGAACUGGUUGAAGCAGAUAGGUGGCCGGAUUGUUAAGAGGAGACAAAUGACGAACUGGAAGUAAAACGUCAGACUUAGGAGAUUAUGCUGGUACCGUGUAUUACUUGCAGGGUGUUCAAAUGUUCAAGUUCCUCGUCCCCCUCCGAAUCCCAGCUUCUUUAUUCCACUCAUCCA